GCUUAUAGUAACCUUCCCGUGGUCUCGUGCACCAGUUUGUUUACAAACGUGAUAUUUUUUAAAUAUCUGUCUAUUUUGAAGUUAUUGUCAUCAUGGAACCAAUGGAACUUGAAAAUGAUUUGGAAAAUGAGAUUACCGAGAAGUCCAGUUCAAAAUUCAACGUUGACAUAUCUGCUAUCGAAAGCAUAGAGAAAGAUAAGCAGGCAUUUGAACUUCAAUCACUUGAAAUUUCCGUAUUUGAUCAAUCUACUUUUGAAAAAGGUGUGAUUCAACAAGUUGGAAAAGCAUUAACAGGAGAUUCUGAUCAUUUUUUAAAAAGUGAAGACCUUAUUACUAACGAAUUAGAGAAUGUGGAUCCUGAUGAUGAUGAUGAACAGCCUCCUAAAGGAAAACAGUUAUCAACAUUAUCUAAUAAAUUUACAAAACAGAACAAAAGUAAUGCUGCUGACCCUGUUUCAAAAAUUGAGGAAUAUUUACGAACUCAAGCUAAGUUACAGGAGUCUAGAAAAGUAUUGCCUAAGAAAAAGAAUAUAGAAUUGAAUAAGCUCCCUUCAACCUCUGAGAAAAAAGCUCCAAAGCUAAACACUAAAAGUAAGAAGAAAGAACUAAAAAGCCAUUUUCUAGGUCCAACAAAAAGGAAAAAGAAGAAAAAUGAAAAACUUGGUUGCAAAUCAGGGAAACCAAAAGUUGAUAGCCCAGCUGCUCAACCUGGAGAAAUGAAUUACAUCUAUUUGGAUACAUCAGGGUCUGAGUAUAUACCUUCAGAUGACUCCGUAUCUUCUUUUGAAUUUGAAUUGUCUCCUUCAAAGAAGCCAAAGUUAGGGAAUGGCCCAAGAAAGAAAAAAGCAUCAGUCAAUGAUAAUAAUUUAAGUAGCGAUUCCGAUUGGGAAAGUGCUGAAGAAGAGGUAUCUAAAAGGAAAAGCAAGAAAGAAGCAGAUGAUGGAGAUACAGAAGUUUAUUGCAAAAGGUUAAAGAUUAAUCGAAUUAAUAAGUAUGAAAUGGGUACAGUUGAAAUAGAUGAAGAUUUUAUUAUUCCACGAGAUAUAUGGGACAAGUUGUAUGAGUAUCAAAAAGAUGCAGUCAAAUGGUUUUGGAGUUUGAAUCGACAGCAGUGUGGAGGCAUUCUUGGUGAUGAAAUGGGUCUUGGUAAAACAAUACAGAUGAUUGCUUUUCUUGCUGCUUUAGAUAGAUCAGAGAGAAUUGAUCGUUAUACAAGGUAUACUGGUCUUGGCCCAACACUGAUUGUUUGUCCUACAACUGUCAUGCAUCAAUGGGUUAGAGAAUUUCAUAAAUGGUACCCUCCUCUUCGGGUUGCAAUCUUACAUGAAUCAGGGACAUACGGAGGCAAAGACAGAAAGAAAUUAAUCAACUCAGUUCACUCCGAUCCAUGGGGAGUGAUUAUUACCAGCUACUCUGGCCUUGUUCAGCAUCAAGAAUCUAUUGUUUCAAGACAAUGGCACUAUGUGAUUCUUGAUGAAGGUCAUAAAAUUAGGAAUCCAAAAGCUAAGGUGACUAUUGCUGCUAAAGAAAUUGAUACUCCAAAUAGAAUUAUACUUUCAGGAUCUCCUCUUCAAAAUAACCUUCAAGAACUUUGGUCUUUAAUCGAUUUUGUUUAUCCUGACAAGCUUGGUACAUUACAGAUGUUUAUGGAAACUUUAGCUGUUCCGAUUGUUCAAGGAGGUUAUGCAAAUGCAUCACAAACACAGGUUGUUACUGCACAUAAAUGUGCUACCAUUCUGAAAGAUACAAUCACCCCCUAUUUAUUGAGGAGAAUGAAGGAUGAUGUUGGUAGCCACAUAAAUCUUCCUGAAAAGAAAGAACAAGUUCUCUUCUGUAAGUUGACCCAUGAUCAGAGGGAACUUUACAAGAAUUAUAUUGAAAAUAUUGAUGUUGACGAGGUUCUACGUGGAAAAGCUAAAAUUUUUGUUCCUCUUAUCAAUCUGCGUAAAAUUUGUAACCAUCCUGACUUGUACUCUGGAGGGCCUCAAAGGAAUUUUCAUAUUAGUUCUGGUGAUAGUCCAGCCAAAGAAAGUCAUUUUGGUUAUUGGGAAAGAGCUGGUAAAAUGAUAGUUAUUGAGACCUUACUUAAGAUUUGGAAGGAACAGGGCCACAGAGUAUUGAUUUUUACUCAAGGAAAAAAGAUGCUCAUGAUAAUGGAAAAUUUCAUUAAGAGAAGUAAUUAUAAGUAUUUGAGGCUUGACGGUACAACAUCAAUAAGCACUAGGCAGCCUCUUAUUGAUAAAUUUAACAAGGACAUAACCUAUUUUGUGAUGCUGCUUACAACCAGGGUCGGUGGGCUGGGUGUUAACCUUACAGGUGCUAACAGAGUUGUCAUAUACGACCCAGACUGGAAUCCUGCCACUGAUAGCCAAGCUAGGGAAAGAGCUUGGCGCAUUGGACAAGAGAAAGAUGUUACCAUAUAUCGUUUGAUAACUGCUGGAACAAUAGAAGAAAAGAUUUAUCAUCGUCAAAUUUUUAAACAAUUUCUUAGUAACAGAGUCCUCAAAGAUCCUAGGCAGAGGAGAUUUUUUAAGUCAAAUGAUUUAAUGGAAUUGUUUACUCUAACAGAAACUGUGAAGAACGGUACAACUGAAACUGCUGCCAUAUUUGCUGGAACAGGAUCAGAAGUGACUGAAAAAAAACUUGAAUCUAAAAUAAAAAAAACUAUUUCUAAUAGGAAAUCUGAUUCAAAUGAUGAAGAAAUAACAUUUUCUCAAUCUAAAAUCGAUCAAAUGAAGAAAUUAGCCCAACUUAUAAGUAAAAAGCUUUCUGACAAAAAUAAUGUUGAUAAAAGUGCUGACAAGGUACAAUCUGAAGGUCAAAACAUAAAAACAGACAAAACCAUAGUAGAAGCUGAUAUUCCCAAAGAGGAAGAGGAAGAUAUUUACGGUCCAGAUGGUAGCAUCAAUAUAAGUGCUGCUGUAAAAGUGAUAGCUUCACUAAAAGAUCACAAUAAUAGUUUAUCCAAUUCUGAAGCUUCACUAAAAGAUCGCAAUAAUAGUUUAUCCAAUUCAGAGUGUACUUCUAACAAUGUUAGCAACAAAGAAACAGUACGCACUGCAAAUGAGAUUGAAACAGUUUCUCCAGUGGAAUGUUCAGUGAAUAAAAAUCACGAGAAGAAAAAGAAAAGUAGAAGAAAAUCAAGUGAUAAUUUUGCCACAUUUGAUGGGCAGGUAGUACCUCAUUUGAUUAAAAAAAGAAGAUAUAAAAGAGAUAAGCAAAAUGAUGCAAAAGAAAAAUAUAUUUCUCAAGAUGAUUAUGUCUUGAAAAAACUAUUUUCUAAAGGGAUCGACUCUGCUCUGCUCCAUGACAAAAUUGUGGAAGAUGGGCCUAGUGAUUUUGCUAUAGUGGAAGCAGAAGCUGAAAGAGUUGCUCAAGAUGCCCUGAAAACUUUAAGAAAGUCUAGAAUAGGACCUUCGAGAUUUAGUAUUCCACCAAAGAAUGACAAAAAGCCUGGUGAUAAACCUUCUUUGUUGGAUAUUAUCAAAAAAAGAAACAUGAUUCUAGAGUCAAGUAAUUCUGAUCAGGUUCUCCUUUCUGAUAUGAUUUCUUGGUUGCAGCAACAAGGUGGAACAUCUCCAACUGACGAUAUAGUACAAAAGUUUCGACUCAGAGUUGGUCCUGGGAAAUCUCCUCUUUUCAAGAAACUUCUGGAAAAUAUUGCAACAUUCUACAGGGGUCCUGAUAAAGUAGGUUAUUGGACUCUAAGACAAGAAUUUAAUUCAUCGUCCACUUCUCAAUAAGAGUUGGUGUAUUGUUUCUGUGAUACCAAAAAAAAAAAUGGCUGUGUGAUAAUAUGUAUAUCAAUCUACUUUAAGCUGUAAAAUUGCUAUAUGUUAAUAGCCCUUGUACAACAUUAAUUAGUCAUUAGAAUAUUUUUGUUUUAAGAAUGUUGUGUUAGUCUCUCGCUGCUAGUUUUGAAACAAUGUAAUUGUUUCUAAGAACCAUUCCAAGUUGAUUAAAACUUGAAAAUUCAAGCUCAAAUGAAAAAUAGUUUAAAAUAAUCUAGUUCCUAUAAUUAAAAAUGUAUAUAGUAUAAAUUGCAUGUAAGAAACAUGAGGGUUCUAAAUUAAUGUGUUUCUAAUGUUUAAGUUUUCUUAUAGAGUAGAAUCCCUUCCCCUCCCCCUCCCCCACUUCUUAAUUCGCAUAUUGUAAAAUAUACAUUUCACUUCUCUUGCAUUCUAGUUCAUGAAUAUUUUUGUUUUUUGUUAUUUAAGCGUUAGGAGGAACAGAAAUAGUGAGUGGAGGACUGUAGACAGCCUUCAACAACUCUCCCUCAUCCUUUCCCCUAUUAUUGUCCUGAUUUUUUUUUUUUCGAUAUUUUAAAUAUUUUUUUGAUAUUAGAAGCAAACUUCUUGCAAUAUGAGUUCCCACCAGAAUGCAAUCCUAUGUCUUUACACGUUUACUAAAUUUGCAUCUCUGAAUGAAUCAUUGUCUCGAGAAAUACGUAUCCUUCUAUCUUCUUUUUUUUUUUAUUUGAGAUAAUAUUCAAUAUUGAUCUAUAAACUUUCUGCACACUUGAGUAUUACUUUAAUUAUCAUCAAUUUCUUUAAAUACUUGGUCCAAAGUAAUUUUUUAAUUUUUGCACUGAAGCACCAAAGAAUAGCAAAUUUAGAACAACUUAAUAAAACUGUAGGAUAUAGUAUUUCUCUUUCCAUUCCUCUCUUCCAUUUUCCAAUCUAAUUUUCACUUCAUACUGGAAGACUCCAAUAAGUUUUGUUUCUUGCAACCUAGGGGUUCGUUUUUAUAGGUGGUGGACCAACCUUUUCUCUUAAUAUUGGAUUGUAUAUCUGAGGUUCCUAGAAUUUCUUAUAAGCGAUGUAUACUAUAUACCCAAAUAGGAGAAUGGAAGAAAGAUGGAUGAAAAAAUCUUUAAUGUGUUGAUAUUAAAUACAUAUGAAUUUUUAAGUAAACAUAUAUUUUCUUACAAACAGCAUUUAGUAAUGCAUAUAACGAUAGGACGGUAACAAUUUAUAAUUAUCUAUAACUAUAAAUUUAGUUAUUUAUGUCAUUGUUCUAUUUAAAAUACGUGAAUUGUGAUAAAAUUUAUCACUUCCUAAUACACUCUCUUCACAUUAAUCAGUUGUUUAAUAUGAUAAUUUUUGUUUAAAUUAAUGAAAAAUAGCUACUUAAAUUUUGAAAUUUGCUUCAUUAAACUUAACAAUAAAGUUCUAUGAAUGUCUAACAAUGAUUAUACAGUGUCGGCCUUAAGAUGGGGCAACUGGGGCGCCGACCUGGAAUGGCGCUGAUCAUUAGAAGCUCUCGCCACUAUUAAAAAUUAAAAAAAAAAAUACAUAAUGUAUAAAAAUUAUCAAUUUUAGUCUAUUAAUACAGAAAAUGUAUUAGAUAAAUAAAUAUUGAAUGAACCAAAAGUGAAAAUCUGCAUUAUAUGAAAUAGCUGAAGGAAUAAAUUAAAUUUUUAUAGGAGGGAGAGAGAUGGCGUCAUUGCCCGGUGGAGCUGAAUGACUAAGGCCGGCACUGGUUAUAUCUAUAGGAUUAAUGUCAUGUUCUCCUAUUGAUUAAUUAAUUCUGUUUAGAUGAAAAAACAUUAAAUUAAUAUUAGUAUUUGUUUGAUGUAUUGCAUAGGUUAAGUUUCGUAACCUGUUCUGGUCACUUGAGUAUUAUUUAUUGAGUAAUGUAAUGUACAGCAUGUUUGUAUCGCGGGAGAAAAUAAUUUAUAAUUAUAUUUUUCACUUUAUAUUGUUUUGGAAUAGUGGUAUAGAUAAAUUUUAUGAUUUAUUCCUUUGUCUUUAGUAUUUAUUAUAGGGCAAGGAAAUUUAGUUUUAUAUAACAUUAUGGAUGUUGAAGAGAAUAAUAUAUUUAUUUUUUACUUUUAUAUUAUUAAAGGAAUAAUGCAGUUAUAUAAUUAUAUAUACAGUUUAUGUGAUUGGUUUAUUUAACAUGCCAUGUCUCAAAAAAAUAAAUAAAAAGUUGUUUAAAUGA